UGACGAGCAAUGUGAUGACGUAAUAUGUGCGCGACAGCUGGGAAGCGUCCUGUAGUCCAACCAGUUUUUCAUCGUCAAAAUGGGGACACAGGUAAAAGACGUGAUUAUUAAACCUGAUGCUCCAAACACUGUCCUUCUGGACAAGCACGCGGACUAUAUUGCAGCUUAUGGCUCCAAGAAGGACGAUUAUGAGUACACACUAUCUGAGUACUUAAGAAUGAGUGGCAUCUACUGGGGCCUGACAGUAAUGGACCUGAUGGGUCAGCUCUCUCGAAUGAACCGUGAGGAGAUCAUAGAGUUUAUCAAGUCAUGCCAGCAUGAAUGUGGAGGCAUCAGUGCCAGCAUUGGCCAUGACCCUCAUCUCCUCUACACCCUCAGUGCUGUACAGAUCCUCUGCUUGUAUGAUAGCAUCAGUGCCAUUGAUGUGGGCAAAGUGGUGGAUUAUGUUAAAGGACUGCAGCAAGAUGAUGGCUCAUUCGCAGGGGAUAAAUGGGGUGAAAUAGACACACGGUUUUCCUUUUGUGCCGUUGCAACGUUGGCACUGCUGGGAAAGUUGGAUGCUAUCAACGUAGACAAAGCAGUGGCAUUUGUGCUGUCCUGUAUGAACUUUGAUGGUGGAUUUGGCUGUAGGCCUGGCUCAGAGUCACAUGCUGGUCAGAUUUACUGUUGCACAGGCUUCUUGUCCGUCACUGGACAGCUGCAUCAGGUAAAUGCAGAUCUGUUGGGUUGGUGGCUCUGUGAAAGACAGUUGCCAUCAGGAGGCCUGAAUGGGAGGCCAGAAAAGCUGCCUGAUGUCUGCUAUUCCUGGUGGGUGCUUGCCUCUCUAAAAAUCAUUGGCAGAAUCCACUGGAUUGACAAAACCAAACUGCGCAAUUUUAUUCUUGCCUGCCAGGAUGAAGAGACUGGAGGGUUUGCUGAUAGGCCUGGAGACAUGGUGGAUCCGUUCCACACUUUGUUUGGUGUGGCUGGACUGUCUUUGCUGGGAGAUGAGCAGAUCAAACAAGUAAACCCUGUGUUUUGCAUGCCUGAAGAUGUGCUUCAGAGGAUCGGCCUUCAACCAGACUUGCUGAGUUGAAAUACGUGGCCAUUUCAUUUCCCUCCUACCCGUGUUCAGCCAGCCCUGUUCUGAAAUAGGGAAACCAGCAAACCGUUGAGAGCGCCGCAUAUUGCUGUCAUCUUCAACUAAUAAUAGGUGUACCCUUCAGAAGGUCCAAGGACUUGAGAAACUUGGCUGUAAAAAGACUUAACUAUGUUCUUUUGUUUUAAGUAUUGUUCUUGUCAUUAUGUAUGCACAGUAUGUGUGAUGACCUUUAUGUCUGAGCUUUGUGGCUUUCACUGUGCGUGUUCAAAUAUAAGUUUACUUAUAUUAAUAAUUCAAGAGUUCAGUUUUGUAUUAAGCCACAUUUAAGGAGCGUUUAAUAUAUAAGAAAAGUGUGUUAUAUGUGAUAGCUUUUCCAAAAUAAGUAUGCAAGAACGCACUACUGUAGCAUAAAAGCGCAGUAUAUUCCGCGAAAAGGGUGAAUUUAAAGAUUUAAGCAUCAAAACCUGGAUUACGUGCAUGCAACUAUUUAUAUGUGCAAAUUCUUUAAUUGUAAUUUGGUUUACACUCACCUUCACAACUGGCGCAUGAAUGUGAAGAUAUUUGAGUAGAAUAAAAGUUCAAACCUA